GUGUCUUGCUCUGCUCACUCACAGUCACACACAGAACUCGCUCAUCCCUAGUAAAAAGCUGUGUUGCUGAUGGUAAAAUCACACAUCUUACACAGAGACAUCACAAAGGACGACAAAAAAUGAGCACAUUUGGUAAGAUAACCAGGAUUUUAAAGGAAUACUUGAAAGAAUAUCCACACGAUCGAUCAUUACACCUUGCCCUCAAGAACAUCGGAAAUACUAAUGAGUAUUACUUCAACAAGAGUACACGGGAGUCACAUGACCGUAUGAUGCAGGAGCCUCUCAGCACUAAUGAUCCAGAGGUAUUUAACAUCAUUCAGAAGGAGAAAAGGAGACAGAUAUACAGUUUAUCACUUGCUGCAUCUGGGAACUUUACCAGUCGUGCUGUUUCAGAGGUCCUGAGCACAUGCAUAGGCAACAAAUUUGUUCAACAAAGUCUUCAGUACUCUGGCGAAGCAGACAGCGUGGAUGAUCUGGAGCGUCUCUGUCAGAAAAGAGCGUUGGAGGUUUAUAGGCUUGACCAAGAAAAAUGGGGUGUAAAUGUACAGCCUUAUUCUGGAUCUUCUGCCAACUUUGCUGUGUACAUAUCAGUAUUGGAGCCUCAUGGGAGGAUCAUGGGGCUUGAUCCCUGUGAUGGUGGCCACCGGAGCCAUGGAUUUAUUUUGGACAAAGAGAAAUUCUCUGCCACCUCCCUUUUCUUUGAAUCAAUGUCCUACAAGGUCAACCGAGAGACUGGUUACAUUGAUUAUGACCAACUAGAGGAAAAUGCUCGUUUAUUCAAGCCCAAAUUAAUCAUUGCAGGUUCAAGCUCCUACUCACGUAACCUGGAUUACGGUCGUCUGCGGAAGAUAGCUGAUGAGCACAGAGCUUUCCUGCUGGGUGACAUGGCACACAUUAGUGGACUUGUUGCUGCUGGAUUGGUUCCAUCCCCCUUUGAUUACUGCGAUAUUGUUUCAACCUCCACUUAUAAGACCCUGAGAGCCUGCAAAGCUGGAGCCAUAUUUUACAGGAAAGGUGUGCGCAGUGUGGAAGCAGAAACAAGAAAAGAAACUCUUUACAACCUGGAGAGUUUGAUCUGUGAAGCUGUAUUACCCAGACUGCAGGGAGGAAGUCACAUCCAUUCCAUUGCAGGAGUGGCUGUAGCAUUGAAGCAGGCACUGACUCCAGAAUUCAAGGCCUACCAAGUACAAGUGCUGGCAAAUUGCAGGACAUUAGCAACUUCUUUAAUAGAAAAGGGCUACAAAAUUGUUACAGGUGGUACCGAUACUCAUCUUUUCUUGCUUGACCUUCGUCCGAACGGAAUCGAUGGAUUAAGGGUAGAGAAGGUGCUACAGGACUGCGCCAUUAGCUGUAACAGCAGCCCCUGCCCAGGUGACAGUGCAUUGCACCCCUUUGGCAUCCGUUUAGGAACCCCUGCGCUCACAUCACGAGGGUUUGUGGAGGAAGAUUUUUGCCUAGUGGCAGAAUUACUUCACAGAGGCAUUCAGUUGGCUGUGGACAUCCAGAAAAACAUGAACCCCAAUUCUACUUUCAAGGAGUUUAAGGAAACUCUGGCUCAAGAUAAAAACUAUCAAAGAAGAGUACGAGUAAUCCAAGAUGCGGUAGAGGCUUUUGCUGGAAAAUUCCCCAUGCCUGGACUGCCUGAGCUAUGAGACUAAUCCUCAUUCUCUGUUCCUGUAUCGGUGCUAUAAAAAGUACCUCAAACUUUAACUGUGCUAUAAAUGUGGGAGGAAAACACACAUUUUAUACUUUUAUACUUUAUAUUUU